GUUCGGUUCGUUCUCACGGUGAAAAGCGGUGUGGAAGGUCCUGUUCGGAGGACAACCUCAAUACGCCACUCACACACGCACAUGUGGGCCAGCUCACACGGACACGGGUGCGGUAGUCGAAAGUAAAAGUUGUCCAUGGUGCAAUAACGAUAAAAAGUUGUGAAUAAUUACAUGGAAAGCUCAAGUCGCAAAACUUUUUAAAAAACAUCAAUUCAUUCUAAAUCCUUUAAAUCAACGAAAAUCCACCACAACACAAAGCGAAAGGACGGACAGCCAGGAAAGGCAACAGAAUCCCGGCAUCCUGCAAUCCUGAACGAACGGCAAUCGGCUAAUGAAGAUGAAGUGAAAUUGUGUUCGAGCCGAAAUUAAAUAGAAUAUAAAUCGCUGGAAAAAUGGCGGCGAUUUGUCAGCCUCUGUCGAGCAGAACAAAUGCAAAGUAGUUGUGCGACCAACAGAAGGAUAAACUAUAGAAGGCCAAAAUAUCCCAGCGGGAAAUUCGCAAGUGGAUUUCCCUUUUUGGCUUGUUGUUGCGGCAAUUUCACGCAUCGCAGCGGAAUGAUGAUGACGGCAGGCGCUAAUCAGGCCGCCCCCAGCCACGCCCCCCAGUUAUUCCGCAAACACAUUUUCAAAUAGGUUUCCGAGGAAAAAGGAGAAAACGCGAAAAAGGGAAAACCGAAGAGCAGCGCAGGGGGCGGGCAUCAGGCUCGCAAGUGAAAUAUUAUGGCAACUUUUCAAAUGGAAAUGCGCCAGCAGCAGCAGCAACGAACGAAUUUAAAGCAACGAGCGGCGUCGGCAACAUCCAAAGGCCGGCGACAACGACAACCUCUACAGCUGAAUCUGAAUCUGGAGCUGGAGCUGGAGCCCUCUGACCCACCGCAAUUCAGCACGGAUUGCAUAAGACUGCGGCCGGGAAGUGGCCCAUCCACCGCCGACAGGGCCAACAGCAAUCCACUCACCUGCAACACCACCGGCAGCAGCAACAUCGCUCGACACAGCAGCAACAUCAGUCGCCAAAGGACGCUGAUAAUGCUCAGCAUGCUCGUCGUUGUCAUCGCUCUGAUAUCCGGCAAUGGAGUUUACGCCGCCCAGCGUGACUCGUACAAAUCGAAGGAUAUGAGCAGCAGUAAUAAUGCCCUGCCCAACGAAGGAGUGGGAGGAUCGGCCGCUGGAACGGGCGAGGCAGCUGGUCCCACUGGUGUCGCCGGAAGCGGAAGCGGCAACAAUAGCAGCGGAAAUGGCAAAAAUGGCCAGGCAGCUGGCGGAUCAGGCUCAAACUCGGCGCCAGCCUCCGAAUCGGGAGCGAUGACAACCGAUGCCAGUCGCAGCUCCGUGGGCAGCUCGACCACCGUCACGGGAAUUCCCAGCAGCAGCCUGCACAAGGCCAGCAGCUCCGGCUCCAGCAGCAACACGUUCUCGGCCCAGCUGGCAUCCGGCUUCCAUCGCAACAGCAUCGAUCUGGAGGAGGCCCGCAAUGCGGGUCCCUACUUCGACAAGGCCUUCAGCAAGAAUGUCACCGCCCUGCUGGGCAAGACGGCCUAUUUGAACUGCCGGGUCAAGAAUCUUGGCAACAAGACGAUGCUGCUUCAGGUGUCGUGGGUGCGACAUCGGGACAUACAUUUGCUGACAGUUGGCCGGUACACAUACACAUCGGAUCAGCGCUUUCGGGCCAUCCACCAGCCGCAAACCGAAGACUGGAUGCUGCAAAUCAAGUACCCGCAACACCGCGAUUCCGGCAUCUACGAGUGCCAGGUAUCGACCACGCCCCAUAUGAGUCACUACAUUCACCUUAAUGUCGUUGAACCUUCGACGGAAAUCAUCGGGGCACCCGAUUUGUAUAUAGAAAGUGGCUCCACUAUAAAUCUUACCUGUAUCAUACAAAACUCACCGGAGCCGCCAGCUUAUAUCUUCUGGAAUCAUAAUAACGCUUUUCCCUCUCACCCGCAGAUUAUCAACUAUGAUUCGCCGCGAGGAGGCGUUUCGGUGGUCACCAACAAGGGCGAUACGACCACGUCGUUCCUCCUAAUUAAAUCGGCGCGUCCGUCGGACUCCGGGCAUUAUCAGUGUAAUCCAUCAAAUGCGAAGCCCAAGAGCGUCACGGUACAUGUGCUCAAUGGUGUUUCCCAUUCCGUUUCCAGGGGAGUUCCCAGCAGCAAUGCAGCACGCGGCACCAGUGCAUCCUCGCCCCUCGCCCACUCGCUGUCUGUUUGUGUACCUGUUUGUGUGCUUCUGCAGCUGGGCGCUUGCCGGUGGAUCGCUGCGCUGCUGGGCGCCGCUCUGGCCACGCCCCCGCCCGUCCGCUCCGCCCAGCGGAAUGGAAAGCGUCCUGGAUCUUCGGGAUCGACGUCGCCCCUCGUCGGCGACAUGCGGCACUUCCUUGCGAGGAUUCUAAGGUGGCGAUGGCGAUGGUGUUGCCGCUGGCAUUGGAAAAGUACGCAACAGCAACAUCGCCGGCAGCAACUGAAACUACAAUCACCAACGGAGGCGGCAACGUGUAGGCAACUUUUCGAGGCGGACAUAAGGUGAGCUCACCGCCCAUCAACCUCCUCAAGGCCACUCUAAACUCAACCGUAAGCUGUAACUAUAAUAACUAUAACGUAUACAUACAACAUAACUCUAUUGGCUAUUGCGUUUUUCUAUGAAUCAGCGACGUAUACGUAAUAUUUAGCACAAAACAGAAAAAAGAAAAGAAAACGUAAUGAUAUUAUAUACCUAACUAUAGUUAAAACCGAAAUCAAGCCAAGUUGUCGCCUUUUUUAUGUACGACUUUGUAUCAUACAAUGAAGCUAUCUAAGUCCUUGGUUCCCUUAGAAAUUGGAAAUUGUGUAAAUAGGCUGCAUAGCACACCUAGAGGCGCUUUUUUCGAUCGACUCUUUCCGACCUUUGUAACUUUUAUAGCCGAAAAAUUAGCAGAAGUAUCCCUUUACAAAGCUGCCCAACACUGCAUUAAACCGAAGAAUAAAAAGCAAGAGGAAAAUAUUUUCUAGCAAAUACCAGAACAGGAAGCGCUUCUCGACUGCCACUUUGCGACUGUUUUGCUCCCUCGAAGGCGGAGAGAAAUUCUCAUUUGCAUUUUGCGAAAUCCUAAUAGACAGAUAAAUGUUCAACCGAAAGGCAAUUAGCAAAACGCAAACUAAAAACAUUCAACUUCAAGUACAGGCUAUAGAGAAAACGAAAAAGAAUCCUAGAAAUUAAAGCGAAAAAAAAAUGUGUAAAAUAUAAAAGAAACUUAAACCCAAAGGGGGAAAUUUAGCUACAAGUUAAAGCAAAACAUAAAAAGCGACGAAAAGCAGAGCUCGUUGAGGGGAGAAUUUUUCUUUUGGCUGCAUCUGAAUGGUUAGAAAAUAAGUCAUAAAAUAUUUGAAAAGAGAAACCCUCGAAUAAGUUGUUUCGUUUCGUUCUUGUGUAAUGUACAAAUUAAAUAAACGUAAGUAUUACCCAACGUGCAGAGGGAACGGUUUGAAUUUAGGAUACAAUCGGCAUAGACGGAAAAUUGUUGCACAUUUCAUAAAUUUAUUUGUUGUUACUCAAUGCGAACGAAAAUUAGUCAAGUGUUAAGAACGAAAGACAUUAAGAAAUAUUCAAAAGAGCCCUGGGUAAAAGGUAUUUUACGUCUAACUACAAUGUUGAAUUUCUAUGAUUAUUCUGACGCGUCAAAAGUGUAUUUUCCAUCCAUUUCAACGGUUGUUUUCCAUUUCCGAUUCCCACUUUGGUUUGGGCUUUUGUCUGGCUUAUUUCUGUCAUCACACCCAACUUUGCCAUAGAGCACAUAGAGCUAACCGAAUACAUAAAAAGCAAAAUAAAUCCAAACGUUACAGAAAAACAAAAAAAAAAAACUAUUGAUAGAAAUUAAAGUAAAGGAAAAAGUUUCAUUAAUCAAGCUAAGCAGUAAGCAAAAAUAAAAACUAAACUAAACAAUGAUAACAGACAAAACACUAUUGAAAUACAGCAUGAGUAUUCAGAUGCUAAACCAAACCAAAUCCCGACAGGUUUUUCCUAAGCUUUUUUCAAUUACCAUGUAAAAUAUCAACAAAGCAUACAUAUACACAUUCCAAUUCCAUUCAUAUGAAAUUUCAUGCGAGUAAUUUCUAUUUAAAUUGUGCAGGCUACAGAAACGGAAAAAAGCGAAUUCAAAUUAGACUUCCCAUUGUGUUUGAUGAGGCGUUUUAUGGUUAUUCGAUAUUUAUUGCAGAAAUGUUGUCAACUGUCGUCGAUCAAAUGCACACACAAUAUUGAAUAUUCGUUUGUGUUAUGUGAAGUAUUCAAGGUGUUUCCAAAUCACUUUGCCCAAUAGAAUUCUAUCUAAAUUUCCAAAUUCAUCAGACAUUUCAGAUGGUGACAGAUUCUCUAAGUUUAAGAAAUAAAAACUAAAAGACCGCAUAAAACUGAAGUAAAUAUUGUAUAUGUAAAUGUGUAUUUAUAAAAUUAUGAUAUAAAGAAAAGCUAUAUAUAUAUACAUUAAAGAAACCUAGUUUAUUUAACACUGAAACCGAAAAACUGAAUCAACAAUGUUAUUAAAGCUAAACGAAAACGUAACAUGAAAGUAACCUUCAAUUAAAUAUGAGCCACACAGAAAUACGAUAAACCGAAGGGAGGAACGGGAAACGAAAGUGAAGUAAACAGAAAUCUUUUAAAGUGUAAGAAUUUAAAAUGUGCAAAAAACGAAUGAAUGAAUGAGAAAACUGGAAAUAAAAGGAAAAACUGAAAAAAGUAAACUAAAGAAAACUA